UGGCAGCGGGGCGGGGGUAAAAAUCGUUUUCCCAAACAGCACCGAGAGGAGCCAUCAGAGAAGUAUGAAGAGGGGCCGUGCGGCUGGAGCUGCCGCCGCCGCCGCCGCCGGGCUGCCUGGGUGCGGAGAGCCGCUGCAGCAGCACGCGCGCAGGGAGGGGGCCGGCCCCGAGACGCCGCGCGAGCCCAGCCCGCAGCCCCGGCGCCGCUGAGCGCCGCCAGCAGCCCAGCUCCGGACGCGGGGUAUUACAAGUGGAUAAAUAAUGUGCACUGCUCUGAGCCCAAAGGUACGCAGUGGGCCUGGCCUUUCUGAUAUGCAUCAGUAUAGCCAGUGGCUGGCCAGCAGACAUGAGGCUAAUUUGCUGCCGAUGAAAGAAGAUCUGGCCUUGUGGUUAACCAAUCUGUUAGGGAAGGAAAUUACGGCAGAGACUUUUAUGGAGAAGUUGGAUAAUGGUGCCUUGCUCUGUCAACUUGCAGAAACUGUGCAGGAGAAAUUCAAAGAAAGCAUGGACACUGCCAAGCCCACCAAGAAUCUACCGUUGAAGAAGAUUCCAUGCAAAGCCAGUGCACCCUCAGGCUCCUUUUUUGCCAGAGACAAUACAGCAAAUUUCUUAUCCUGGUGCCGAGAUUUAGGAGUAGAUGAAACAUGUCUAUUUGAAUCGGAAGGUUUGGUCCUCCACAAGCAACCCAGAGAAGUGUGUCUCUGUUUGCUAGAGCUUGGCCGGAUUGCAGCCAGGUAUGGUGUGGAGCCUCCUGGUUUGAUAAAAUUGGAAAAAGAGAUAGAACAAGAAGAAACACUCUCCGCCCCUUCCCCUUCACCUUCUCCUUCUUCAAAGUCUUCUGGAAAAAAGAGUACAGGAAACUUAUUGGAUGAUGCAGUGAAGCGGAUUUCUGAAGAUCCUCCUUGCAAAUGCCCAAGCAAGUUCUGUGUGGAGAGGCUCUCUCAAGGAAGAUACCGUGUGGGAGAGAAGAUCCUUUUUAUUAGGAUGCUGCACAACAAGCAUGUUAUGGUCCGCGUGGGAGGAGGAUGGGAAACUUUUGCAGGGUAUUUGUUGAAACACGACCCCUGCCGGAUGCUGCAGAUAUCCCGUGUGGAUGGCAAGACAUCCCCCGUCCAGAGCAAAUCUCCAACCCUUAAGGACAUGAAUCCAGAUAAUUACCUGGUGGUCUCUGCCAAUUAUAAGGCUAAGAAGGAAAUUAAGUGAAACUAGGUGGUCACUACGAGGGGACUCUCAUAAUGGCCUGUAUCUACAUCUCCAGUAGUCAGUUUAGUUCACAUGCUCUACAAAUUACUUUGGAAAAAGACAGAAAAAUGUCAUCAUGCUGAAACAUGCUCAAAGAGUAGCACUAUUUAUUUUGAAUGCUUCUGUAGAAAAUGACCUCUAAAAAGAAAAUUUCAACUUAGAUUUAAAUUAGACAAAUUGUAGGCAAAUGAUUAUUUCUCAAUAUAUGAGCACACUAUUUAGAACACAAUCUUAGCAAUACAAUUCUAGCUAAAGAUAAAAAUUAUUAGAAGGAAAUAGGAUUUGCAAUAAACUCAACAGAAAGUGCCUGCCCGAAGUCUACGGAAUAAAAGCACCCCAGACAUUUCAAAAAAAAAUUAUAAUUGCAGGAUUUUAAAGCUGAUUUUUAAAAAGUGACAAUUAGUGUGAUGACGUGCUACUAAAAAUAUCCAACAGCACUAUAAAGUACAGAGUACUCACGACAGUAAUCCUUUACUGGAAAGGCCACUUUAGAAAAGUUUACAUUCACUUGGAAGAUUGCCUUAAAGUUUAUCCCUUAGCUCUUACCAAAUAUCCGGGGUACUUUUGGAAGUUUUCACAACACCCCUAGAGAAUGGCUUAUGAGUUGUUUCACACAAUCCUAGGCACGUGGCUGUGUUGAAACUGACUGUGUUAUUCAUACACAUAAGCUGACAUACAUUUAUAUUUUGACAGAAUAAACUGUACAGUCAAAUGUCCAUUGACUUCAUGUUAUUUCAAAGCAUUUUCUUAUUAAAAUGUAUCUUUAGUUAACCCUACUUUGCUGUGCUGUCUAGUAAUUUUACUGUAGCUAAUGAUGUUACAGACUUAUGUAUACCCUUGUAUACCUAGGACAGGGCUGUUUUGUACCCAUAAACAGCAAGAUAUUGUCCUCACUGAUUCAAGAAUUAAAAACAUAAAU